AUGGACAACCACCUCCGCGAAGAGCGCCACAUGGCUCUCUCCAUCCUCACAGACCGCGAACUCCUCCUCCGACACUCACUUACAGCCCAUGAAACCCUCCCGCAAACCCGCCGAAGAUUCACCGCAAAGAUGUUAUCGCCCGACGACGCCGUGGCGGAAGCCCAGAUCGCCAACGAGCGGUUCCUCGUUCAUUCGCGGUCUUCUUCGUCGUCGACCUCUGCCUCCAGUUCGAGCGCUGGGUCGAGUUUACUUUCGAGAGCGGUGGUGGAUGUGCAUGAGAUGGGGGAUGCGGGGUGGAGGAGACCGGAUAUGAAGAGCAAGAAGUGACUCACUUUACACAUUACUUGAAGCCUAGGAAGUAUUUUACGAAAGAAAUUUGGAUUUAAUGUAGUAUACAGGGGUAUCAGUAUCAUGGUUGCGACAGAAUAGAUUCUGCAUCGCCCACCUGCUUGCGCUCGGAAACCUCCCUGUUGCGCAUCCGCGCCCGGAUGGCUUGGGCAUUCAUCAGCGUCAAUCCUUGAGACGGCCGGACCGGCCCCGUGUCGGUGUAGAACGGGUGGAGGCGGUGGGAGGUCGAGAACCGGACUCGUCCAUCUCUCAUGACUGGUAAUUGUCAUUGCAACGGUUCUGAACUUGACGACAGUCGGUUCAGGUGGAGGUACACGUCCGUGCCAUACCCCUCCAUGCUGAUUAGUUUGAGG